AUGUCGUCGAGAGCGCCGCCGGUGGAGCUCGACUUCCUCGGCCUCCGCGCCGCUGCCCCCAGCGAACAACACGGCAAGAGCACCGGCUCCUCCUCCGCCUUGUCGUCCAUCCGAGGGAUGGAGACGAGCGCUAUAGCGAGGAUAGACCCCCAGCUGCUGCGCCGUGUCGUCGUCGCCCGCUCGCCGGCGACCACGGAAGAGCCGCCAGCGGCUCCCAGUCCCAUGACGGUCUUCUACAACGGCUCCGUUGCCAUCUUCGAUGUCUCCCACCACAAGGCAGAGGCUAUAAUGCAGAUGGCGAGGGACGUAAAGAUGGCAGAAAGGCGCGACCUUGGCAACAAUACGCCUGUUGGAAAUUCAAGGAGAGACAUACCACUGGCAAGAACAAAAUCGUUGCAGCAGUUCCUCGUGAAGCGUAAAGAGAGGUUGACCCGCAUGGGUCCGUACCAUCCCGGCGCCACCACCGUCAGCGGCAACUCUCUUGGUGUGAAGAAGGAAGCGGAAGCAGCCUAG